AUGGCGGAGAAGGCUCAGAAGAGUGUGAAGAUUGCUCCUGGAGCAGUUGUGUGUGUAGAAAGUGAAAUCAGGGGAGAUGUAACUAUAGGACCUAGGACAGUGAUCCACCCUAAAGCGCGGAUCAUUGCGGAGGCCGGACCCAUAGUGAUUGGUGAGGGUAACCUGAUAGAAGAACAGGCGCUGAUCAUAAAUGCUUACCCUGAUAAUAUCACCCCUGACACUGAAGAUGUGGAACCCAAGCCUAUGAUCAUUGGCACCAACAACGUGUUUGAAGUUGGCUGUUAUUCCCAAGCCAUGAAAAUGGGAGAUAAUAAUGUUAUUGAAUCAAAAGCAUACGUAGGCAGAAAUGUAAUAUUGACAAGUGGUUGCAUUAUUGGGGCUUGUUGCAACCUAAAUACAUUUGAAGUCAUUCCUGAGAAUACAGUGAUCUAUGGUGUAGAUUGCCUUCGUCGGGUGCAGACUGAGCGACCGCAGCCCCAGACACUACAGCUGGAUUUCCUGAUGAAAAUCUUGCCAAACUAUCACCACUUAAAGAAGACUACGAAAGGAAGCUCAACUCCAGUUAAAAACUAA